CCACUCCCGCCCCCGCCCCGGCCGGCGCCCUCCUCCUACGGCUUCCAGGCGGCUGCGGAGGUCGCGGUGUCGCUGAAGCGCAAGGCCGCCGCCGAGGGCCGCUACCGCAAGUAUGUCUACGAGCCUGCCAAGGCCCCGGCGGCCGACGGCACCUCCUACCCUGCCGCGGACAACGGUGAGUGUCGGGGCGACGGGUUCCGGUCUAAGCCGCUGGGAGCCGCCGAGGAGGCGUCGGGCAAGUACGGCAGCGGUGUCCCCCUCAAGGUCCUGGGCUCUCCCGUCUACGGCCCACAACUCGAGCCCUUUGAGAAGUUUCCGCAGCGGGCCCCGGCGCUGGCUCCCCGCGGGGGCUUUGCAGUGCCGUUGGGGGAGCCUCCCAAAGGUGAGGACCCGGGGGCCCUGGAGCUGGUGACCAGCAAGAUGGUGGACUGCGGGCCGCCGGUAAAGUGGGUGGUCGUGGCAGGCCAGGGCGCGCUCAAGGCGGCGCUGGAGGAGGAGCUGGUGUGGCCCCUGCUGAGGCCGCCCGCCUUCCCGGGCAGCCCGGGCCCGCCCGGAGCGACGCUGGCCGCACCGGGCGCGUCCGAAGGUGCGCGCCUCCUCCAGGCCGCCUUCGCGGUUGCGCGCUGCCGCCCGCCCGCUGUGCUCCUCCUCAGCGAGCUGGACGCGCUGCUGCCCGCCCUGGACGAAGGCGUGGGCGCCUCGGGAGCCCUGCAAGCGCCGCUCCUGGCCUGCCUGGACGGCGCAGGGGCCGACGGCGUGCUGGUCGUGGGCACGACCUCGUGGCCCUCGGCCCUGGACGAGACGGCCCGGCUCGCGGGCUGA